CGUGGUUGGAUAGGCGGGGCCAAAGGAAAGUAGGAUAGCGCUAGAGGUUUUUCCACUCCGUUUAGAUGUGGAAGAGUUACAUAUUUGGAUAUGGACACCUGGCUUAUAGCUAUUCUGUUCAUUGGUGCCCAGUUUUCCAACAGCGUUGGAUAUGAAGGAUCUGGAUACGCACCGUACGGAGAUGAUGAGGACUCAUACGCACGUAGAUAUAAAGGAACACCUUGGUGUGCUCCCAUCAAGGUGAAGCACGGGCAGGUGAGCUGCAGGACCCCCCGUGGAGAGCACCACAAGAACGUGAUGGGCGCCCGCUGCAAAAUCCACUGCAAGAAGGGGUACGAGAUGCAGGGCCAUCCGGAGGUGGUGUGCAUGGCCAGCAAGCACUGGUCAGGGAACUACGCCUGCAGAGAAGUCCGCUGUCCGAAAUUGACCAUGCCGGCCAACGGGGGCUACAAGUGCUCGGAUGGCUCCUACUACAACUCCAGGUGCGAGUACUUCUGCUCGCCCGGCUACACGCUGAAAGGGGAGCGCACGGUCACGUGCACCAGCACCAAGGCCUGGACGGGCGGCCAGAGCGCCUGCGUGGAUACUGAACCGCCUGUGAUCAAAUGCCCCAGCGUAAGGGACAAGAUUGCGGAGCCGGGGAAGCUGACGGUGCGGGUGAACUGGGACACCCCGGAGGGCAAGGACACGGCGGAUGGCAUCCUCACAGACGUCAUCCUGAAAGGGAAGCCCCCUGGAACCCACUUCCCUGAGGGAGACCACAAGAUGUCCUACACCGUGUACGACCGCGCCGGGAACAAGGGCUCCUGUCGCUUCUCUGUGAAAGUGCGAGUGCGGCGCUGUAACCCCCUGACUCCCCCGGACAACGGCUACAUGAAGUGCGACAGCGAUGGGGACAACUACGGCGCCAGCUGUGAGUCCACCUGCACGGGCGGGCACGACCUGCAGGGCAGCGCCGUGCGCGUGUGCCAGUACGGCCUGACCUGGUCCGGCACCGAGACCACCUGCUCACCCAUGAACAUCAACGUGGGCGUGCGCACCGCUGCCGCCCUGCUGGACCAGUUCUACGAGAAGCGCCGGCUCCUCAUCAUCUCUGCCCCGACAGCCGCCAAUCACUACUACCGCUUCCAGAUGACCAACCUGCAGCAUGCCCAGUGUGGACUGGACCUGAGGCACGUGACGGUGGUGGAGCUGGUGGGGAUUUACCCAGCGCAGAUCGGCCGCAUCCGACACAGGCUCAUCCCCCCCGCCCUGGCCGUGCAGACCAGGCUGCUCCUUCAAAUCUCCAACAACAACUACAACAUGGUGGUGAUCGACAAGCAGGGCGUGGACAAGAUGCGCUACACCUACCCUAUCACCGCAGCUGAGCUCUUCACCACCAUCGACACCUUCCCCAUGCGCAAGGAAGAGAUGGUGAUGCAGCAGCAGGCUGGCCUCACCUGCCAACCCUGAAUGGCCAGUCACGCUGCCCUCCCACUCACCUCAGGCUCACACCAUUGGCUGAGAGCAAGCAAGGGGCGGCGCAGUGGCAGGGAAGAGCCGCCACUGCAGUUGGAGGAAUGGAGGAACGGGCAUGGGGGUGCCACUGCUGCGGCCGUCCUGUUUUAGGGCUCCCUCUGUACUCGGACUCGGCUGCGAGUUCCAUAGCGUAUCCCCUCUUUUCCCCUGAACAGCAGGCCCCCACCAAUGCACAGGAAGCCAUACAUUAGCCAGUAUGCAUGAUACAUACAUUUUUACCUACAUGUUUUGUACAUUUUUAAGUGUUAUUUAGCAGAUUCAAAGAAAUCCAUAAUCAGUUAUAUUUGUAUCAUUGAUUCCUUUAUUAUUUUGCCUGAUUCUUUUCUUGUUUCUUCUUUGAUAUUUCUUUGUUUUCAUUUAUGUAUAUGUUUUAUGGAUUUUAUUUUUGGUUGUGAAGCCAGUGUAAUGCAGGAUUUUGGGGAAUGCUGGUGGUGGUGCUGGGGGGGAAUCAUUACCACUGGCUCAUUAGUAAAUGUCAGUCCUAAAGACCGCAGUCCGAAGUCAUGAUUCAUAGUGACAGGAUUCAUUUCCCGCUCUGCUACAAGCAAAGAAAAGGCAAUUAAAGGAAUAGAGUCGUGCGUUUGGUGGUGGCACGCAUUCCCUCUGAUAGAGUGCUCUAAGCCUUUCCUUUUUUACAUUACCAUACGCCUAUUCUGCUAAUUGGAUUUCCUCAGUAAUUACGUUUCUGGAGGAAUGAUAUGUGGACUGUUCUUCGUUUGUUUAUUCUUUGGUCUUUGGUAAAGAAAGCCUCAGUCGCCGUUCAUUUUAAUGCAGAUCUUUGAUUAGGGGUAUGAAGUGCAAGGGGCCAGUUAUUGUUAUGACUGCCGUUAUAUCUCCCGUGGCUCUUUAGCAUUCACUGCAAUUUCAGUGACCAUGGUUUGAAAAAGACUCAAAGCUUUUUAAAAUAGGACUUUAGGAUGAAAUAUGAAGAGGUGCUGAAUAAAUCCUAUGAAAUUUGCUUAAAGGCAUACUAUGCAGGAUUUUUUAGCCUGUGUUUACAAUCAAAGAAGUGUCCUCCUCCAUCUUCAACCCACUCACCCUUGAGCACCCGACCAAGUCACAGACACACAAAUUACACAUUAGAAAAUACCAAUAAAUUUCUCCCAUCAAUUACUCGGACCAGACAUUAGGCGACAUUGUUUGGUGGGACCACGAACUGAAUCUGUGCAAAUAAUUUGAAAACCAGACAUUCUGGUAAAAAACCGGAAUGUCUGACAACCCUAGCUGCAUAGCUAGAGGUAACAUUGCUGACAGGUCCAACAGAAAACCAAGCCAAAUCCACAUCACGUUUCAUCCCCUUGGUGAAAUUCGACUGACGCCUCAGAGGAAAAGCAAUUCCAAUGUUACAGCAACUCUAGUUCUUGAACAAGCCCCAUUUGGCAAAAGUGCAUAAAGACAGAGAUUGCCAAUGCAUCAUAGAUAUGUGGUUAUUUUAGGUAUAUAGAUAUGCAUGGUAAUUUUGUAAUAUUUUCCUGCAUAGUAUGCCAUUUUAUUUUUUGUAGUGAGGUUGUUGCAGUUAUGGGAAAGGCUUGCCCAUGUGUUUAUAUAAUUGGCACGAUUGAGAUUGACAGUUCUAUAUUACCUUUAAAAAAUGAUUAACCUUGGGGAACAUAAUGCCUGUUCCAAAGCUUGUAAGGCACUGGUAGAGACAACAUCAUUUUCACAUAGCCUGUGAUGACUUUUGUAUGAAUUAUUCACAUGUACAUUCCCUUAUUUAUAUAUUGAUAGUAUGUAAUAUAUACAGUAUAGAAAAUUCUGUAAUGUAUAACAGUAUACAGAGAAUGUUAGCCAGUACUCUGAGGUAAAUGUGUGUAGUUUAUUUCUUCAAAAUAUUCUAGUUACAUGUUGAAAACAAAUAAAAUACUUGUACAGCUUUUUAAUUUCA